AGGUGGAAGAACGCGGGAAGUGACGUAGGACGAGUGGGUCAAACGCGAUCCGGUUCCGGGUCGACGCUGCCGAACUGGGUUCGCGCGAUGGAUAUUUCAAUGGCUGGGGAGCGUAAAGGCGUUUCCAGAGAAGACCUCGGACACAUGGAGGAGACGGACGGUGACUCGGGCCCCCUGCGGUUCUACUGCACGGCGGGGAGGGGCCUCGAACCCUUCCUCGUCGACGAGGUGGGCCUCCGGCUGGCGGCCAGCGAUGUGACCUGCGUGUCCGGGAAGGUCUUCUUCAGCACGAGCGCCCCCAUCAGGGCGGUGGCGGGACUGAAGAGCGCAGAGCGCCUGUUCCUGCUGCUGGAGGAAAGGGCGCCCCCCAGCGGCGACCUCAGCUCAGGUCCGGCGAGACGUCUGAUCCAGGAGAGCGUCGUCACGCAGCGCCACCGCUGGACUCACGGGCUCCGUUUGUGGCGCCGUCUGAGAUGGGCGCCGGGGGAACCGGGCCUCGAAACGUCCGUCGCCGGCCGUGGCCGGAAGAGGAAGCGGCAGGGGGCCGAGCGCUCGGAGAGGGACGGCUCCCGGCAGGAGCGCGAUCCCGAACGCGAGGCUCCGUGGGUGUCCGACGAGGGGCGCGGCCCGGCCCGGACGGCGCGCCCCGAGGACGGUGACCCCGGCGACGGCCGGCUCCGGCCGGUGACCUUCAGAGUGUGUUGCCGCAGCAGCGGCGCCGCGGCUCGCGGGUUCAGCCCCCAGGACCUGGGGCGGCUGAUUGGGAGCGCCAUCAGCAAGCAGCUCUGCUGGAGGGUGGACCUGAGAACGCCCGAUCUGGAGGUUAAUGUGCAUUUAACAGAUGACCGCUGGGUGACCGGGCUGCCACUUUUAAGGCUUCCCCUGGCCCAUCGAAGCUACAUCAGGACCACAGGGCUGAGGUCAACGGUCGCCUGGGCAAUGGCUUCGGUUGCUGAAAUUAAACCGGGCUCCCUGGUGCUCGACCCGAUGUGCGGCGUGGGAACGGUGCUGUUGGAGGCCGCCAAGGAGUGUCAGAAUGCCUUUUUUGUGGGCAUGGACAUCGAUGCCUCGCAGCUGAUGAAAGCCAGUGAAAACAUUCACUUCGCGGAGCUCAGUGAGCGUAUUCAUCUCGUGCAGUCCUCUGUCACCGCGAUUCCACUGCCCCCCCGCAGCGUGGACGCUGUCGUCUGCGACGUCCCCUUCGGGAGGAAGUUUGGCAGCAGAGCUGACGCUGCGGCCUCUUUGCCGGCCGCCGUGAAGGAGAUGGCGAGCACGUGUCCCGCAGCCACAGAGGCACCGGUUGCCGCGGUGACGCCACGACACAGGUGAGGAGGCAGCCGGGAGCGGUCAAGCGUUCCGUGACGGAGGUGUGCUCUGGAUGCAGGGUGCUUCGUGUGGACGGGGUCCUGGUCCUGCUGCUCAGCCCCCAGCUGUCCGUCCUCCUGGGGAAAGCCCUGGGUCCCCGGUCCCCGGCCGAGAGCCUCGGAGACGAGACGGGAGGAGUCCCCGACAUCGAGGCCGCAGGGGGGCGGGUCACACCGCCGCUCUCAUCCCUGCGGCCUUGCAGCUCCCACCGAGUGGGUCUCGGAGCCACAGACGCCAUCAUACACAAGUACAGGAAGGGGCCCCCAGGGGCCUGGAAAGAUGACUGAGCCCCAGCUUGUGCACUGAGAUCAUAGCAGGACCCUGUGUGCGUGUGCGUGUGCGUGUGCGUUUGUGUGUGUGUGUGUGUGUAUGUGUGUGUGUGUGUG